AGCUGCCGCCCCGACGGGCGGGACGUGGCGGUCGGGCCUGACUCGGCUGCCAGCUGCGAUGACAAGGGCAGCCAGACCGACGUGGGCAGCAUCGUCCUGGUGGGAGGACAGAAGGAGCCUGGUGCGGGCAAGGAGGCAGAGCCUGGGGGGGGCAAGGAGAUGGAGCCUGGUCCAGGCAAUGGCCCGAGCAGCCUCUCAGUGCAGGGCACGGGAGCAACAGAGGGGAUGUGCCCAGGCAGCCUGGCCCCCAGGCCAGCUGUGCUGGACACGACACACAGCAGCCAGGACCCGUCCCCAGCACGGGACAGUGGAGCCACCCCAAGCCCUGCAACUGGAGCCCUGAAGUCCAUCAUGAAGAAGCGGGAUGGUCCCCCCCGGAGCGAGGCAGAGGGCAGCAAGAAGAGCCUGCAGUUUGUGGGAGUGCUGAACGGGGAGUAUGAGAGCACAUCCAGUGAGGAGGAAGAGGAAGAAGGUGACAGCUCCUCUGAGAAGGGUUUGGCCGACAGCUCUGACAGCUCAGAGCAGGGAGACACCGAAACCUCGGAGGAGGAGGCCGGGGAAGGCGCGUGUGAGCCAGGACAGGAGUGCCAGGGGACUGACGUGGCCCUGCCAGAGCUGCCUGAGGUGAAGGAGAAGUUCGAGCUGAGCCCCAGGAUGCGGGAGGCCUGUCUCAUCGUCAAGACCCACCUGGGCCACCCCGGUGCCACCAAGAGCAAAGAGGUGCUGGCCAGCAGCAGCCUGGUCCUGCAGGAGUGGUUCCGUCUGUCCAGCCAGAAGUCGUCCGUCCCCGACACUGUUGCCAACCACCUCCUGGCGUUUGCCGAGGUCUCACCGGCUCUCCUGGCCCACGUGGUGAACCUGGCAGAUGGGAACGGCAACACGGCCCUGCACUACAGCGUCUCCCACUCCAACUUCCACAUCGUGCGGCUGCUGCUGGACACAGGGAUCUGUAACGUGGACCACCAGAACAAGGCCGGGUACACUGCCCUCAUGCUGGCGGCGCUGGCGGCUGUCGAGCAGGAGGACGACAUGAACGUGGUCCGGAGGCUCUUCAGCAUGGGCAACGUCAACGCCAAGGCCAGCCAGGCUGGCCAGACUGCGCUGAUGCUGGCUGUGAGCCACGGCCGGCAGGAGAUGGUGGAGGCCCUGCUGGCCUGCGGGGCCGACGUGAACCUGCAGGACGAGGAGGGCUCCACGGCGCUGAUGUGCGCCUGCGAGCACGGCCGCGCCGAGACCGUGAAGCUGCUGCUGGCUCAGCCCGCCUGCAACGUCUCCAUCGUGGACAGCGAUGGUAACAACGCCGUGGCCAUCGCGCUGGAGGCCGGACACAGCGACAUCGCUGCGCUCCUCUACGCCCACCUCAACGGCACGAAGGCUCAGCUGCCCCAGGCGGCAUCACCGACAGCCACGAAGAACCCUGGGAGUCCAAAGAAACCAAAUUAGAGUGACCUUGGGAUCCAGCCAGCAGCCACCAUCAGCACUGGGCUGUGAUUCAUGUUCCCUCACCUGCCACCCCUCUGUGCCAAAUUGCUCUCUGCAGCUUUAGUCCUGUCACUAGCACUGUCCCUGAGCCUCCCUUGCCCGUCUCCACUCACACGUGGCCAACUCACUGCAUCAAGUGACAGGAGCCAAGCAUCAACUGACCUCGGGAUGGGACAUGCAAGGAGCAGAAGUCACCCCAUCCCCUCUACUCCCUGCCAUGACCAGAGCUGCACUGCCUCCGAGCCCUCUGCAAGGAGGGAGCAGCAGAGAACAAACUCAGCAGAACCAGCCCCUGGUUUGUGCUCUCUGGCAGCCCCGAGAAGGCAGCAGUGCUGGUGACACAGAGCCAGGAGGGCAAGUGACAGCUCCUGGCCCUGAGCAGGGUCACAGUGCUGUGCAGGACGUUGGGAGAGGGGACACCAGCUGGUCAACGCUGCCUCGGACGUGGGCUGGGAGCACUUCCAGUCUGACAUACUUGCUGCCCUUCUUUUCUGCCAUUUCCUUUCCUGGCUGAAAUCUGUUUUUUUUUUUUAUUUUUUCUAGCACAUGCACACAAAGCAAAAAAAUUAUAUUGCUUGGCCAAAGGAUGGAGUUCCACAUGAAAUCACUCGGGAUUUGGUUUGUUCAAUGGGAGCAAAACCUCUGAGCAGUUGGGGCUGCAGCCAAGUGACAGAAGAGGCUUAGGGCCAAGGAUGUGUUUGGGGACUGAGCCUGCCCAGAUAAUACCCCACAUGGGGUCCUUCUCCCAAAGGGAAGAAAGCAAUUGCCUCCUAAACAUUUCCCCAUUUAACCAGUCCCACAGACUAUGCAAACAGCCAGAGCCCACAGCCCAGUCCCUCUCUGCCCACUUUCCAUCCCAAAGGGGAGGACAGUGUCAGGAAAAACAGAUGGGCCAGAAGAGCUCAGAGCACACAGGUAGGGCCUGUGGAGGGAAACACGUAUGUCAGAGAACAUGUGUGUCUUUGCAAGUGUAUGAGUACUGUGUGGGGUGGGAACAGGGUAAGGAUAAGGACCAGGAGGUAAAAGGGUUUUGCAUGGGAAAGCAGCUCUGCUCUGAGCCCUUCACAAAAGUAAACCUGUCACAGCCCCCAUUCCUGCUCCUUGGCCCAGCCUCCCCCUAACUUCUGCCCCUGCCAGGCCUGCUCUGAGCUGGGAAACAUCCCCCCAAGAAACUAUAAACCUCCCCCCCAAAGCUCUGGGCACCACCCUGCUGCCCUCUUCGUGGGCCCGUCUCAGCUUUGCACUGGAGUUAUACACAGCGCUCACUGCCACUCUAAUACACUACUCUGUUUACUGCUAUUUUAAUACUGGUGUUUAUUUUUAAGAUAUAAAUAAAAUUUAAAGUUAUUUUGAAAUAUUACAGUGA